AUGGACGCGUUCCUGCAGAGGCUCAAGCGGCUGGACGCGUACCCCAAGGUGAACGAGGACUUCUACAAGCGGACGCUCUCCGGCGGCAUCGUCACGCUCGUCGCCGCCGUCGUCAUGCUGCUCCUCUUCAUCUCCGAGACCAGGUCAUAUUUUUAUUCAGCAACAGAGACUAAGUUAGUUGUGGACACAUCAAGAGGAGAAAGGCUACGAGUAAAAUUUGAUAUUACUUUUCCAAGCAUUCCUUGCACCCUCCUCAGCGUUGAUACAACAGAUAUUAGUGGAGAGCAGCAGCAUGACAUUAGGCAUGACAUCGAGAAGAGAAGAUUAGAUUCACAUGGUAAUGUUAUUGAAGCAAGAAAAGAAGGCAUUGGCGGAGCAAAGAUCGAGAGACCAUUGCAAAAACAUGGAGGAAGGCUCGACAAAGGUGAACAAUAUUGUGGCACAUGUUAUGGUGCUGAGGAGGUAUAUCAGCUAUUUUACCUGGAUCUACAUCAUGAAGGCAAAGGAUUUUAUGAAUCAAACAUAGAUGUGCCUGAGCUGUCAGUACUUGAAGGUGGUUUCAAUAUUACCCACAAAAUAAACAAACUGUCCUUUGGGACAGAAUUCCCUGGUGUUAUUAAUCCACUUGAUGGUGCUCAGUGGACACAGCCAGCUUCAGAUGGGACAUACCAGUAUUUCAUAAAAGUUGUCCCUACAAUAUACACUGAUAUAAGAGGACACAAUAUUCAUUCGAACCAGUUCUCGGUAACGGAACAUUUUAGAGAUGGAAAUGUUCGUCCAUACUCCAAGAAACCCCAACCUGGAGUAUUUUUCUUCUAUGAUUUCUCACCUAUAAAGGUGAUAUUCACAGAAGAAAAUAGAUCCCUACUCCACUACUUGACAAACCUUUGUGCUAUAGUGGGAGGUGUUUUCACCGUCUCUGGUAUCAUUGACUCGUUCAUAUACCACGGACAGAAGGCGCUCAAGAAGAAAAUGGAGUUAGGCAAAUACAGAUGA